AUGACCCUCUAGCCAUUUCCACCAUGAAUCCCCCGGCCCCGGGCAUGUCAGGCCUCAUCCAGCCCGUGAAGCAGGAGCCCAGGGCGCCCGGUGUGCCCCUAGUGGAGUUCGUGCAGCAGUUAGAUGACUACACCCCCACGAUUCCAGAUUCUGUUACAGCACACUACCUCAGCCGUGCGGGGUUUGAGCCAACAGACCCACGAAUCGUGAGGCUGGUGUCAUUGGCUGCCCAGAAGUUCGUCUCUGACAUCGCUAACGACGCGCUGCAGCACUGUAAGAUGAAGGGCGGGGUCAGCAACAAGAACAAGGGCAAGGACAAGAAGCUGGUGCUGACUAUGGAAGACCUCAGCCCCGCCCUGGCAGAGUACGGCAUCAACGUCAAGAAACCACUCUACUACACCUGAUACUGGCACACCUCCUAUGAAUGCUGUACUCAAACAACUGCAUGAAAUCUUGUCUAAAUAAACAGUGAACAAUGCUUAAAAA